AUGUCAUAUAAUAUAAAAUUGAAAAUUUAAUAUUUUGAUCACGAUUUACAUACACUAACCGCACAUUUAACACCUUAGGUGAAAUAUAAAAGUCGUAAUCAUGAAGAUACCUUACGUAAUAUCGACAAACACCCGAGAGGCGUAUAGGACGUCCAAAACCAUGAACAAUUCCCCAGGCGAGGCUACUCGCAAAGUAAUAGCCGAAGACUUUGAAUGGGACGACGGCGUGACUCCUCCUCCUUUGACGUAUUUUGCUGCACUCCAUCUUUCCAGGAUAUUCCACAGAAUAAACCCGCUAGACAAAGUUCUCCAGAAAGAUGUCAACAUGCUUAUGGAUUUGUUUCCUGCAAAUAUUCCUCUCCGAUGCAGUGUACCUCUUAUUAGGGAUGAACAAUAUUGGAAAAGGUCUUUUUAUUUUAAAUUUCCGUCGCGAAUAGAAUUAGGAGUGACAUUUUGGAAAGGAAAGUUUUUAUCUGCGUGUCUCCAGGAUUACCUUGAAAAUGCAAACCCCGAUUUAUUUUUAGAAGAUGAAGCCACGGAACUUGCAACUCUAGUAAGCCCUUACAUAUACUUUUUGGGUUUAAACCAACUUCAAAUAGUGCAUCAGCCGGAACCUCCGAUUCCAAAAGAAUCUGUCGUUGAAGAUACGUGUCCAUUUAGCGUAGAAAAGGUAUAUGACCACAUUCCACUCGAACCAGUGUUGGCUAGGCUUUACAAUCUAGAAGAAAUAUCCCUCGUUUUUGGAAUAAACAAUGUCCAAGAUGGGUACUUGACGAGAUAUUUUGAAUUCAGCCCAGCUGAUUGUGAAUCCUUAUGUAGGGGGUUGAAAGACUUGCGACACUUGAAAAUUUUUCGUAUCAAUCGUAGCAACUUAGAUUGCUUGAAAGUUAAGAUAAUCUUGCAACAUCUCGUUGAAAUGGAGACUAUAGAAGAAUUAGAUUUUAAUCAUUGCAAGAUUGGCGAUUACGGGAUGAAUGCAUUGGGGGGUUUCAUUUCUAUUCACACUAAUGUGAAGCGAGUGCGAGUAGCCAAUAAUCGGUUCAAAUCAGUGCAAGGCAUUGCUUAUGCUCUGCAGAUGAAUCCUGCUGCGCCUAUCGAACUAUUGGAUUUCAGUUUGAACCCUAUGUCCAUAGAGUGCGCAACAAUGUUCGCAGCAGCAUUUGUGCGGUGCAAAGUGAAACCUCAAACACUAAUAGUGAAUUCUUGCGGUUUUUACGAAGUAUCUGCUGAAAAGAUGGCGGGUCUCCUUAGCCUCAAUCGCGGAUUAACAAGGGUGGACAUGGCUGCCAACGAUUUUUCUGGGGAGGCGGAAGCGACACUUAUUCGUGCCUUGGAGCAAAACAGAGUCAUACUGAGGGUGGAUUUGCGUAGAACAAAGAUAUCGGAGGCGACUCAGGCUCGGGUGAACGAGCUACUCCAACGCAAUAAGCUGUUGUUGGGCGAAGAAAGAGAGCCCAGCGAGGAAAUCCCGCCGUUGUACCUCGGCGAGCCAGAGUACCUCAUCUGGGAGUACAACCCCAACAACCCGGACUACAUACCUGGCCGUUAUCCAGAGCGUGUUCCAGAAGUUUGAAUAGUACUUACAUUAUGAUUUUCGCUUAUGGCCGCUGUCCGACCGGUGGUGAAAAGUGAGUAACGAUGAGCAGCUUUUCCUUU